GUACGUCACUUCCGGGACGCCUCUUCGCUGAGCCUUGUGGGUAGCGGGCCGGGGUCUCCUGGCGACGACGAUGGCGGGGGAUGUGGGCGGCCGUAGCUGCACUGAUUCAGAGCUGCUGCUGCACCCGGAGCUGCUGUCCCAGGAGUUCCUUCUCCUCACCCUCGAGCAGAAGAACAUAGCUAUUGACAAUGACAUAAGAAUAAACAAAGACAAUCUUACUGAUCUUUAUGUUCAGCAUGCAAUACCAUUGCCUCAGAGAGAUUUACCAAAGAAUAGAUGGGGGAAAAUGAUGGAAAAGAAAAGAGAACAUGAGAUGAAAAAUGAGACUAAAAGGAGUAGCACUGUAGAUGGGUUAAGGAAGAGACCCCCCAUUGUGUUUGAUGGAAGUUCAACAAGUACAAGCAUAAAAGUGAGGAAGACAGAGAAUGGAGAUAAUGAUCGACUCAGGCCACCCCCUCAGGCAAGCUUUACCAGUAAUGCCUUUCGAAAAUUGUCAGAUUCCUCUUCAAGUGUUUCACGCCUAAUUUUGUCUUCCAAUUUGCCUGCGAACAAUAAAACGGAACACAAUAAUAAUGACACUAAACAGAACCAUGACUUAACGCAUAGGAAAAGUCCUUCGGGUGCCGUGAAGUCUCCACCUCUGUCCCCUGUUGGAACUACUCCGGUGAAGUUAAAGCGAGCUGCUCCUAAGGAAGAAGCUGAGGCCGUGAAUAACUUGAAGCCCCCAGAAACAAAGAGGAAGAUACAACAUGUUACAUGGCCGUGAAGGAAAGUUUCCAAAAAUGUAAAUAUAAUUGUAAUUGUAGUUUUUCAUAUAUAUUGACAGUUUUCACAUAUAUUGACAGUAUUUACAGAGAUCCUUAUUAUUGUGGGAUUUUCUUAGGAAGUUUAAAAUUAGGUUCAAAUAAGGUCUUUCCUUUCUUUCUUAUCCCUUUCACCCCCACUUUUUUCCCUUAAACUCUUAAACUCUUGCCUUUUGUGCCCUGUUUAAGAGAAUUUCUCUUUUAACAAAUUGCUUAGAAUAAAUCAUUUAUAUUGACCCUCAUCAGAUAAUUAGCUGCGAAGUCUGGUAUAAGGCAUCCAGUGAAUUUUAGGAAUUCUUCUUAUUAGUCUGUUUCAGUCUUUGGGGAAAUCUGAGAUUUUUUUUUUAAUUCAAGUAUUUUAGAAGUUCACAAUUUUUAUUUCUUUUCCUAAGCAAAAGAAUAUUGCAUUUCAUCACAAUAUUUUAGUAAAUAUUGCCAAACUCAUCCUCAAGGUUUACCAAGAAAAGUAUAUUUGUAGUGCUGCCAAUAAACUCUUCAAAAUGUACAGAUAAAACUGCUGCUCAUCAAGCACGACACUACUUCCCAUAAAAUCCAAAGGGACAUCAGUGCUCGCUGUUGCUCCUGCCCUUGAAGUCACAGCAGGAUUGGCUGAGGCUGAGUCGGCUGCUCAGUCCCGCAUCUAGUCUACUCCUAGAAAGUCCUCUCAUGCAGCAAUCCCACCAACUCCUCAUGAGUGGCCUGUGAUCUCACUCCUUCCUAGGCACUCAGUCAUUUCCAAAUGAAUCUGAUUUAAAAAUCUUCUGGUGAAGUAAUCAUGUUAGAAGUGGUACCUGACAGCCAAAAGUUUAGAGAAAAAGAGGCAGCUAGAAUUCUAGAACUUAAGGGAGUCCAGCAAGUAUAGCUGUGAGGGGGAACUUCAGUGUGAUGUGGAGGAGGCAGAAGGAAUGACUGAAGUGAAGUCAGAAGUCACUGUGGAGUGACAGCAUAGGAGAUGUGCAUCAGCCAGAGAGGGCACCCUGCUGGUGCAAUGUGGACAGCUUUCCACAGGGCUGUCCCCCACAAAAGUGUCUGUAAGGUUUUGUGUUUGUGCUAAAGUGGGUUAUUAUCCCAAUUGUAUAAGGGAAGUCAGUGGGAAAAUAGGAUAUACCUUAUAUUCCUGAGUUCUAGUGUCUGCUUUUCUGCUGUGUUUUUUUAAGCAAGAGCUAAGGAUACUUUGUACUUUUUCCCUUGUAUGAUCUUCAAAUUGGGGUUUGCCUUUUCAAUACUUUUUAGAGCAAUCUCAUUCCUCUUUUGGUUUGUGAAAACAAGCAUCUUAGUUCAGCUAUUGAGUAGCCUUACAGAAAAUUAACUCAGCCUUGCAGGUGAGUACUGUAUGAGAACUGUAACCCUACAGUUCUUAGCCAUUUUGCCUUUAUCCAGACUACACAUCUGUACAGAUAAGACAAAAUUGAUACAUACUAAGUGUUGUAUAAGUUGUUAAUGUUAUGGAAAAUUGUUGACUAUACAGUUAUCUGCAGGCCUGAUAUAAGUAAUACUGUUUAAGGCCAACCGUAACUCUAUACAUAACUAUGUUAAGGGAGACUCAAAGUGCAGAUUUUAGGGUAGGAUGACAAAUUAUAUUUUAUAUUCAGUUGUUCCUUCUGCUUCCAUCUGUGUUUCUCUCUUAGUUAAGAGAGAGUUAGCCAUUUGACAGUUUUAAGUCAGUGGAAACUUAUUUUUAGUUACUCAGAAUUAAUUCUUAAUUUGUAUAUUUAACUUACAGAGUAGGUUGGUAAUAACAGCUGAACUGUGUAACACUGUUGCUUCAAAUUGAAGUUUAUAUUAUGAACAUUCAGAAUCAGUGCUCAUAGAGCAGCAUAUUAUUGAGCUAUUUUGAGUUUGAAAUGUGAAGAGCUAAACCCGUACUAUGUAUUACAUGAUACCAACACUUGAGCACUCUGCACCUUCUCAAGGUGUAUAGAGAUGGCUUGUCCUGCAGUGUCUUUCUCCAUGCCAUAAAGCCCUAUGAACCUUGGGCAUCUGAAGCAAAGUGCUAGGACACUCAACGUUUUGAAGUGUUCAUUUGUCUUAGAAGGACUUGAUUUGAUGGCAAACAAUUUUGGAAUACUCUUUACUCACUAACAUGGCUUAAUAUUGUUGCUCUUGAUUGCAUAUUCCCGUAGAGCCAGGUUUUCUUCUUAUUGGGGUAGGCAUAGGAGAGGCAUUCGAGGCCAUGGGUGGCUUCUGCAGAGUAGUGAUAGGCACUUUACCACUUCCUGCUAUGGGUAGGGGUCUUGUUCUUUCUUGCUCUCCCUCUUUGUUUCCUGUUUCCCUUUUUCUUACUGUUCUUUCCCAUAUUUUUACUUUCUUUGCUUCCAUUCUCCUUGCUUCUUUAUGUAGAUCCUAAGCUUCAGGCUUAGGCUUGCAAGUCAUUUUGUUGGCCCUGUUCAUUCAGUGAGGAGUGAAGAUAGGCUGGCCCCAACCCUCUUCUUACCUUUGAGGAGUUGUAGAUGGCUGUGUGAGUUCUGGAAAGUCUUAUGACCCUGCAGCCCCAGGGCACUAAAUUGCUCCCAGUGGCUGUAAUGGCAGUACAGUUUACCAAAAUAGCUUUAUUAAUCUAGACAGCUACCAGGCACUUUGGAAAGUUGGUUCAACUACAACUAUGAGGCCAUAAUAUUUUUGCUAGUGUUAAAAUUCUUCAGAAUUGUAAUUAUUAUUUGAAAUAAUAUUUUGAUUGACUUAAGUUUUGAGAGGUGAUUCUAAAACUGAUCUAGAGACUCAUUCAAUAGCAAUGACCUUUUUAAAACUUACAUUAAGUAAAACUGCCAGUAGAUUAAAUCAUAUGUAUGUAAAAGCUUCCUCUAUUUACUACUGUGGAACUUCAGUAAUUUUUAGGGGCUACAUAAUGGUCAAAAUGUUUUUAAGUGUGCUCUUUUAUUAAAUGCCUGUGCAGGUUUUAUAAUUCAUUACAGAGAGUUUAACCUUGUAAUGUACAUUUUGUAAUGUAAAAAGUCUUUUAAGUAGCCUUAUGCUUUAUUUAAAUAAACAAUAAAAUUA